GUUUCUUGGUUUCUAUGCAUGCUAUCCAAGACUUCUAGCUGUCAAUUUUCCUACUUAAUUUGGUCUUCAAGCUACAGUUGGUUAGUUUUGAUAUGUAAUUUCUGUCCUUUUUCUUUCCAUUUCUCCUUCGAUCUGAUUUAUGUCUUGUUUCCCACUUUUCUAUAGCUCACAAGUCUUUUGAUGUGAAACAACACCCUUGUUAGGCUACGAAGUACAACACAGCUUCAGGGAACUCUAUUGAUGAGAAUAGACAAGGAAAUCUCUAGAAUUCAGACCCUGUUUGGAGGCGACAUUCUUAGUUUCUCAGAGUUAGCUUUUCAGGUAAUAACAAAUGGACUUUGUUAGCGAAAUAGGAGAACUCCGGGGUAACCAGGGUAUGGAAGGGGAAGAGAACGUGAUAGCCGUAGAACCCAUUACCAUGAUUGUACCACCGGAACUGCAAGACGUGCCGGAAACCCCUACGCCGGAGAGCAGUGCCAGUUCAGGCGCGCGCAAGGGUUCUGGUGCUAACCCCUCUCCGUCAUCUGAAAGGUUGUCAUCAGAAAACACUGCCAGUGCAAGUAGCCCCUUGCCUGAAAGUAUGGAGGUGGCCGUAAAUGUGUCUCCGGUUGCAAGUUGGGAAAAUAAAACCAUAGGUGGCAGGUUGAGCAACCUUCGCAAAGCGCCAAAUACGCUGACGGCCAGAUUUCGGUUUAGGGCGAACCUGCAUCAUGAGGUAGCAGAUUGCCCUACCUCCAUUAAAGGGUAUAAGAGACUGGAGGAAGUGGUGAGACAGUACCACGUUCCUAGGACAGUUUUGUUACGAACGGGGACCAAAAAUGAGAGGGCCUGCAGUGUGUCAGCAACAGGGUGGAUACUUGUAUAUGUAGACCAUUUCGACGCCGGCCUGAGAUUCCCAUUAUCCGGGCUGAUUUUUGACAUUCUGUCAGAGUACGAGCUGGCGCUCACACAGUUAACUCCCAACAGUAUAAAAUUUGUCGUAGGGUUUAUGCUGCUGUGUGCAAGGUUGGAGAUACCUGCGAAGGCCAUUGUUUUCAGGUUGCUAUUUUUGUGCCGGCUGAGUACUACACAGACGAGGUGGUACUACAUUUCUGGGCGAGAGAAAAUGGCGAUCUUUAAGAACAUAAGGAAUAAGGUGUCUCCUUGGAAGAGACAAUUUAUCUUUGUCCGGGAUACACGAGCAGAGAGGGUUAGCACCGAUCUGGCAGCUUGUCUCUCUGAGUGGCGCCCAGGGCAUGCGUACAUGAACUACCCCACACUAACCCCGGGCGACCUGGAGCUUAGGGAUAGGAUCACUAAUUAUGUGAAGGGAGGGGGGUUAGUUGAUUUGGAAGCCCUGGUUACCCCUGAGCUGCUCGCUUUGCGUGGGUUUGUGGAUAUCACAAACCUGUUUAGUGAAGGAGAGAUGAGUAGCAUGCUUGAGAGACAACGGGAACGAGCUCAGCGCUCUCGAGGCAGGGGAACUGGGUCUAGCUCAAGGAGACAAACGCGCUUUGACGAGCUGCCGCCUGCAGCACCCCGCAGCUCGUCACAAAGGGAACAGGGUUCCAGCUCGGCCUCGCGGCCACAGGCCGAGCGCAGAGUAGACGCUGCUCCUGCUGAUGUUUGGAGGCGUGUUCGCGAAGAGUCUGAUGCUGAAGAUGACGUACCACUGACUCGGCGCAAGUUGGAUGCUGGGAGACAACCUGGAGUGGUGCGCUCACCUGAGGUGCCUACGGUCCAGGCGCGUAGCACGGCUGAGGCGCUUCCACCACCAGCAGCUAGUGGGGGGCCCAGAAUCGCAUACCCUGAGGGUUUUAGCUACACUAAACCCGACUGUCAGCUCGCGAUGGUCCAGGGUAUGCAGAAUUUCGUCCCACUUGUGGACCGUCAUCGCGCCAAAGGUUACAUUCAGCAACACGGGACUCACGCUGCGAUGCUGAAGAUGAUGGAUGCGUUAAGCUAUUCUGUAGCUCUAUUCGAGAACGAGCAGGCAGCUCGAAUACAGAAUAGAGAGCUGGCUGACAGCUGCAAGCGGUUGUCCUCAAACAAGGCGAGCUUGGAGGACAAGGUGAACCGGUUGCAGAGCUCCGAGAUGGCCAACAGGGCUGCCUCAGCCGAAAGCUGGGCUGACGAGCUGGCCAAGAAGGAUGCCGUAGCUGUGGCAUCCAUGAACACCACGACUGAGAUUUAUAAUGACGUUCGUGGUAAGGUGUUGAAGCAUCGACCGGACUUCCCGAUCAACGAGCUCAUGUUUUUUGAAGGUGAAGAGUUCGACGCAAAGGGGAAGAGCCUUACUGCACCUUCUGACACGACGGUGAGGCUCCGCUGGGAGCUAAACGAAGAGGGAUUGCCAACAUGGCCACCGUCUGUCCUAGAAGAAGGGGAGGAGUUUGAGAACCUGCCGAGGUUCGACACCUGGGCUGGUGACGCUCCUGUAGAAGAGGCUGAACCCUCAAGUACUCCUCUUGCGCCUCAGCCCGUCCCUGCUGUCAUCUCCAUCCCAGCUCAUGUUGACGCGUCCGCACCCGUGGACUUAACGGACGAUUAGACUUAGGCUUUUUCUAUUUCUUAUACUUUUGCAUUUUCAAUAUUUCCUUGUUGGAAACACAUUUUGUAGUUUCAUGGACACCUCAUGUAAUGAAUUUGCAAAGAAUACAAUUGAAACGAAUUU